CAAUCGCGGGUGAAUGUGAAAGGGAGUCUACCAGCAAGCUACUUAAGUGCAUAGGUAACCAGUGCCCACAUUAUGCUUCAGUGCAGUUGUUUUUUUAUUUUCUAUAACGUGCUUCGUGGAGCCAUUUGUGGAGGGCUAUGGAAGUGUAUGGUUCUGCACUUAUUGAAAGCUAAUGGUGGUGUCCAUGGCUUCUGAGUAUGCCGUCACCUAAGUGAAUCUUUAUACGAUAAUCCAUUUAUCGGGAAUCUUGAUGCUGAUUUUUUGUUGCAGAGUCUGUGUUGCAUUUAAAUGCAUUUGGCUGACAAGUUUUAUUAAGAAAAAAAAUAUUAUUCUUGCAUUCUUGAAUAAAACUGCUUAGACAAGAGGGAUUAUGUUAGGUGGGUUAUACUAUAGCAAAAGACUUGGUGUCUGCUCUCUUAUUGAUGAGAAAUACACAGUGGUUUGCUUAUCUAAAGGACAUUCACCUUCUUAUUAUGAUAAUGCUAUUAGUGGAUAAAAGCUGUCCCAAUUUUUAUGGCUGUUGUAGCACUUAGAUGUCACGAGGAUUGCUGUAAAUGCAGCACAGAACUGCUUGAUUUUUUGAUGGAAAACAUGUAAUUGAUUCUUCAGAUGCUUGGUGCUUUGUGGGGGUGGUGACAUAAUGGAAUUAGUCAUUUAUGUGGUUCUUCUCUAAGAAAUCUUGAAUGAAGUCUUACAAAGGUUGUAACUAUUCUUUGGUUUCAGUCAGCAUUCAUAUUUCACUACAUAGGAAAAUUGUGCCAUGGCUGAAAAAUGUUGAGUUCUGGAGCAUUCUGUUAGUAGUACUAUACCGUGGUUCAGUGUUGCGUGGAAGAACAUAAAUCUCUCAAUGGCUGAGAGAAAAUGCUUGCGUGGUCCAAGUUUACCCAGAAAGCACCCUUUUUGAUGUAGUAAAAUUACUCAUUCUAUCUGCUGUGUCUAGGCUGGGUGGUUAGUCAUUCAUUCAGUUUCUUGGUUUGAAUUGAAGGCUAUAUCACGGGUUUAGGAAUUGGAAUUAGUAGGGAUGUCAACAUUAUUGUCUCUACCCAGCCUUCACUAAAAUCAGCCAAACAUGGUUUAAGAUUAAAUCAUAUGGAGGAUUUCUUUGGCAUCUGCAUGUGAUGAUACACGUGAAACUUGUUUUGCAGGUCAUAUGCCUAUUUUCUGGAUUGGCGAAAGCAAUUGGCGGUUGUAAUUAAUUUGUGAACAACUCUGUUGAGCUGCUAGUAGUGCAGUUCUGUACCUGAGAAAUAGGAGUGAAUUAUGGUUUGUUGAUGGACUGAUGUUUUGCGCAAAAAGAAAAGAAAAGAUCAUUAUGCUUUGUUAAUGUUGUCUCUAAUAUGGAGUGCAAGUUUAGUAAUAGAACAGCAUUCGUUUGUGACAUUUCAGUAUAAAAUAAAUGAAAUCACCAUUUUUAAGCCAAUUGGUUGGAAGAGUACAAGUGGAGUGGUUGAUUUGAACAUAAUAUAGCUUUCUUUCUCGAGAAUACUAAUGCUAAUGUCAAUUUUUCUGUGUUGAAUAGAAUCUAAAAGAAGAGCGGGUUAACGCCUCCAUCGCCAAUUCCAACUAGAAAAUGAUGUUCAAUCAAUGAUAACAUUGGGGCUGGUGACCGCAACCCAGCAACAUUACUAGAGAAACUAUAUUGAAAAAUAGAAAAAAGGAAAGGCUUGUGUUCUAUUUUUAAGCCAAACCAAUAAAAAAUAACAAUUACAGUGACUAUAUUAAUUCAUACAAUCUUGACGUCUAAAUAAUAGGUGUGAGGGCGUGAAAAGACAGAAAAAGGGGAAACAACUAAAAUCAAUUUGUUUUGUUAAAUUAACCGAAGAUUGAAAAUGAAUAAUUGUCUAGAAUUAGCACAUCGCUGACACCCGCUACACGCUAUGACAGCACUGCAAGAUCCCUCCUGCGCCAACCAUAACAGACACCUUUGUUUUCAUUCUCACCUAUUUCCUCCUAGUAUUCAAAUUCUCCUCGCGGGUUUUGCGUGCCGUGAUUUUUUUCGAUGGGCCGCAGGCAUACUGAUUCUGAAGUCGGUCGUUAUGCUCUUCUCAUCCUUUUCCUCAUGGCUACAAUCUCAUGCUGUCUUGUCUAUCUCUGCUUCUCUAUAGUUUUCAGACCCACUACAUCCUCUCUGGACUCAGGUGAUCUAGUUUUGGAGAAUACCGAACGAGAUCAUAACGAUUGUUGUGGAGGGAUUGAGCAUUUGGAGCUCUGGGGUGAUGCUGUCAAGUGGGGUUCUGAUUUCAAGGUUAAUUCUUCAAAGGAGUGUUGUAUGGCUUGUAAGCAUAUGUGUAGCGGCGAGGAUGGACCUUGUUUGUGUGAUUCUUGGGUUUUUUGUGGUCAUAAGUCGUCUUGUGGCUCUCAUUUCGGCGAGUGUUGGCUGAAGAAGCAAAAGGAUAGCUUGGAGCCUGAUCGACGAGACUCUGGUGAUCAAGUUAUGUGGACUUCUGGACUAGUUUUUGGAAAAGGAGAGGGUAUCGUUGGAAUGGAAACAGAAUAUGGGAUGCUUCAUGUAAAACUUUUACCGGAUUGUGCCCCACAAUCUGUUUCCUAUAUUCUUGAACUGUUGACAGCGCGUCAUUGUGCUGGUUGCCAUUUUUAUCGUGCAGAAAGCCGUGGAAGGUUUUGGGAUGCAGAAGGAAAUCAUAUCAAACAGGCCCCAUAUGGCCCUCCGUUUGCACUGAUUCAAGGAACACUCGAAGCCCAUGGGACAAUAUUUAAUGAAAUCCCGAAAGAGGCAUGUCCUACCAUAAGAAGAGGAUCAAUUGCAUGGGUGGGGUCUGGGCCAGAAUUCUUCAUCAGUCUCGCUAACCAUAACGAGUGGAAAAAGGCAUACACUGUGUUUGGCUUUGUUCUUCCCGAGGAUAUGGGAAUUGUGGAGAAAAUUGCAAAUCUUCCAACCAAAGCAGAGGUGUGGAGCAACAUUAAUGUCCAUGUCUUGGAACAACCUGUUCCUUUGCAUUUCCGAAGAAUCAGAAGUCCUGCAAACCUGAAUACAGGUUUCAGUAAUUCUUAUUUGUAAGAUGACCUUUAUGCCCGCUGAUUUUAUAGAAAGAUUUAGAAUUUACACAAAAUGAAUGGGUGAUAUGAGACCAUGGUUUACUUCAGUCCCUCUUUUCUAGGUUGUAUAUAGUGGAAUUGCCCUUUGUAUCGUAGAUGGACAAUCAAAAUUAAAAUGAAUUUUUUUUUUUUGUUUUUCC